GUUGGCCCGAAGCGGCCGCCGCCGUCGGCUUUCCCUCACCUCAGAGCCACUCGACAGAAGGUUCAGCAUCUGGAAUCUCCCUUUCUGUGUAAAGCAGCGUACAAACAAAUUUCACGUUGAGACAGGUCAGGGCCAAGAAAUGAAGAAGAAAUAAAGGUCCAAGGGUGGAUCUGAUGCUUCAUCUUUCCUGCUGUCUGGAAUGAAUUGGCUCUCAUUUCUAUUUUUGGCUGGAUUGGGCUGCCUUGCCUAUCAGAAAACAGAUGUUGAGGACUCCAUCUGUAUUGUUCAGAACAUCACUGGCCAAGACAGCAAUAUUUGCAGUGGUGAUCUUGAAAUAAUCUAUCCAGAGUUGGGCAAUGUAGCAUGUAGUAUCAUCUUGAGGUGUCUUGAAUACCAAAGAAAGCUGAGCCGAGAUUGGGGACCGCCUUCUGUUAAAUCUUUUCAAGUUGACCAGAGGAAUAUGAUGUAUGUGCUAAUCAUGGUGGACCCUGAUGCUCCUGCUGGACAGAAUAUUCCAAGCGGCUAUUGGAGACAUUGGCUAGUGAUCAAUAUAGGCCCUGAAAAUCUACACGACGGAACGAUUGUAGGCACAGAGCUUUCACACUAUAGAAGGCCCAACCCACCACCUGGCACCGGCUUCCAUCACUACCAGUUCUUCCUCUACGAGCAACCAGCCAACGAGACUAUCUUUCUAGAUAAUGAGGAAAGGAAAUCUAAUGGUGGCUGGAACAUGAACUUAUUUGUGAACAGGUACAGGCUCGGGAGUCCAGUGGCUUCAACGCAGUUUCUGAUGGAAAGAUUUCAAAACGGCAGAUCCUCGCGGAAGGUUUAAUCAAGAGGAGCUUUGGCCCUUGGACGACCAGAGCAAGCAACUCUUGUUGUUCCUCGUUCGUCAAUGAUAUCGGGAGAUCGAGCUUCUUCUCGAUUGCCCUGACAGGUUCAACCAAACGGUCGACCUCUCCUGAUAAGCAAUGUCAGCCUCACAAACUGUAACUGAACUUUGCGGAGAGUUUGAAAGUAUUGUAUGAGCAGCAACACUCUCACACCACCAGAUCCAAUGAAAAAUACAAGUACUUUUUCCUUCUC